GAGCGGCUCACGGGAGGAAGAAGAGCACGAAAGCGCAAGAGUGGCUCCAGAUGGAGCUGGCGCGCGCUGGGAGUAGCAGCAGCACCAUCAGGACCAUCGGAGCUCGCGGACGCACGGCGCCGACGGCGGAGCAACGCUCGCUUGCCUUGAUGUCCUCGCGCUGCCUGCACACACACAGCGCGAACCGUCAUGGGGGAGGGUGGUCUCACGCAACUCGCCAACUUUCCCAAUGACACUGAACCCGUGACGGCAGCGGCCGAUGGUGCCGGUGCCGCGGCCGCCGGCGCGUCGGAGCGCUGGGCGGCGGGGAUGAGUUUGCUCAUGGGCUCCAUCGUCCUGACCAUCGUGUUCGGCAACAUCAUGGUCAUCUUGGCCAUCGCGCGCAACCAGCGGCUGCAGACGCUCACCAACGUGUUCAUUGUGUCCCUCGCGAGCGCCGACCUCAUCAUGGGUCUGCUGGUGGUGCCGUUCGGCGCCGCGCUCGAGGUGCGCGGCGCAUGGUUCUACGGCUCCUUCUUCUGCGAGUUCUGGAUCUCGGUGGACGUCCUGUGCGUCACGGCAAGCAUCGAGACGCUGUGCGUAAUCGCCAUAGACCGCUACGUGGCCAUUACGGCGCCCUUUCGCUACCAGAGCCUGCUGACCAAGGCGCGCGCAAAGGCGGUGGUGUGCGCCGUGUGGGGCAUCUCCGCCAUGGUGUCCUUCCUGCCCGUGCUGAUGCACUGGUCCCGGGACCGCGUGGACACCGCGUGCUACGAGGACCCCGAAUGCUGCGACUUCAUCACCAACCCCGCGUACGCCAUCUCGUCGUCCGUCAUCUCUUUCUACAUUCCGCUCACCGUCAUGAUCUUCGUGUAUGCGCGCGUGUACCGUGAGGCGAAGAACCAGCUGCGGAAGAUCGACAAGUGCGAGGGCCGUUUCCUGAGCGCGCUGCAGGGCAGCACGGUGUCAGCCGCCGCGUGUAAGUCCAGCAAGAAGCGGCCGUCCAAGAUGCUCGCGUUGCGCGAGCAGAAGGCGCUUAAGACACUGGGCAUCAUCAUGGGCACGUUCACGCUGUGCUGGCUGCCCUUCUUCAUCGUCAACGUGGUGCGCGUGUUCUGCGCGGAGGUGGUCAACAAGAACCUCUUCGUGUUCUUCAACUGGCUGGGCUAUGUCAACUCGGCGUUCAACCCCAUCAUCUACUGCCGGAGUCCGGACUUCCGGAAGGCGUUUAAGCGGCUGCUGUGCUGCCCGAGACAGGUGGACCGGCGACUGCACAUCAGCUCGUGCGACCUGUCGCGCUGCUCCGUGGGAUUAGUGAACACGCUCGUGCCCAAUACGCUGGAGAUGUGGUCGGACUGUCACGCGCUGGACAACAGCGACAGCAGCUGCGAGGGAGGCGGGAAGCUUUCCCGCUCCGAGUCGCAGCUAUAAACCGACAGGACAGGAAAGGACAGGUUGGACCACCGGAGCGUACGCGAGGCGCAGCGCCGCGCCGCCCUGACAGGUUGGACCACCUCAGCGCAGACGAGGCGCAGCGUCUGGUCGGAGAUGUCUGGCCACCGGGGCAGCGCGUGGACAGGUUGGACCACCGGAGCGCACACGAGGCGCAGCGUCCGCGCGAACAGGUUGGACCGCCGGAGCGCAGCGCCUGUCGGUCUCAUUUCUCCCUUUCGGUACAGAGUGGCACAUCGCACAUAGGAGCCGAUUCACGCUGAAGACGCUGUCAUUUUAACUUAAACUUCUUUGUCUUUUUGUAUUGUACUACUACCAGAUGUAAAGCAGAGUGCACGUUGGACGCUUCGUUCGUCCCCAGGAAGACGUUGUGUUUAUUGGGUGUAGAAAAAACGUGUUUACCUCAUGGCCAAAAAAACAAGUGCAACUUGAACUAUUUGUUUAUAUUAAACAUUUUUAUGUAAAUAACAUUUCUAUUUAUUUGACUUUCCUACAAUUAAAUAAUUGGAUGAACACACACACUACGGGAUAUGACAACAUAUCAUUUAUAUUCGUAUAUAUAUUGUAUCCUGAUUGAUUCAUAUUCAAUAUCAUAUUCAUAUCUGGUAAGCCCCGCCCACAUUUUCCCUCCGUCUGUCUGUCUGUCUCUGUCUCUCUCAGCCUCAAAUUAGCUAUUUCUGCAUCGACACUUUGGAUUAUGCCAAACACACAUCAACUCUGAUGGAGAGUUAUCAAGAUGUUGAUCAGAAAGUCUUAAUAACUCCCAAUAUGAACUAAUAACU